UAUAAGUCCAGCAUCAGGCUCUUCUGACACUUGGCUUCUCUUCCUCAGCCCACCAUGGAGCUCCUGGGAAUGAUCACUAUUUUUUUGCUGGUCUGUGUCUCAUGCCUUCUUCUCUUUGCCACACGGAGAAGCAUAUCUCAAAAACAGAAGCAACCUCCUGGUCCCAUAACAGUCCCCAUUGUUGGAAGCCUACUCCAUCUGAACCCGUGGAACUUGCCUGAAAGCCUGAAGAAGCUCAGCGAGAAGUAUGGUCCUGUCUUCACAAUACAUUUAGGCCCACAAAAGAUUGUGGUGCUGUAUGGCUAUGAUGUUGUGAAAGAAGCUCUAAUUGAUCAGGCAGAUGACUUCAGUGGAAGAGGCAAUCUACCAUUGAUUAACAAACUCUUCCAAGGCACAGGCAUUGUGACCAGCAAUGGAGAGACCUGGAAACAGCUCCGACGAUUCGCACUCACCACCCUGCGGGAUUUUGGGAUGGGGAAGAAGAGCAUCGAGGAGCGAAUCCAGGAGGAAACUCAUUUUCUGGUGGAGAGGAUCAGGAACACACAUGAGCAACCCUUCAACCCUGGCAACUUCCUAGUCCACGCUGUUUCCAACAUCAUCUGCUCCAUCAUCUUUGGGGAUCGGUUUGACUACGAGGACAAGAAAUUUCUGACUUUAAUUGAGUUGCUAGAUGAAAACAACAAGCUCCAGAACUCUAUACAAACACAACUAUACAAUUUCUUCCCAACUCUCAUGGACUACUUACCUGGGCCUCACCAAAAAAUGAUCAAAAAUGUUGAAAAAGUUGAUCAAUUUACUUUAGAAAUCAUAGCAGAACACCAGAAAACCCGGGAUCCCUCUUGUCCUCGAGAUUUUAUUGACGCUUUCCUUAAUAAAAUGGAACAGGAAAAAGGGAAUGGUCACUCAAAAUUCACUGUUGAGACCUUGAGCAGAACCACGCUCGACUUGUUCCUUGCAGGAACAGGGACCACCAGCAUCACGCUGAGACAUGGACUUCUGAUUCUUCAGAAAUACCCAGAGAUAGUAGAGAAAAUUCAAAAGGAGAUUGACUGUGUGAUUGGCCAAGAUCGAAGCCCCUGCAUGGCAGAUAGGAGCCAGAUGCCCUACACAGAUGCUGUGGUCCAUGAAAUCCAAAGAUUCAUUGAUUUCCUUCCAUUUAAUGUCCCACAUACUGUGAUGAAAGACACCAAGUUCAGAGACUAUUUUAUCCCCAAGGACACUAUCAUAUUCCCUACGCUGACUUCUGUGCUACAUGAUAGCAAGGAAUUUCCAAAUCCAGAAAAAUUUGACCCAGGACAUUUCCUGAAUGCAAAUGGUACCUUUAAAAAGAGUGACUACUUCAUGCCAUUUUCUGCAGGAAAACGCAUCUGUGUAGGAGAAGGUCUGGCCCGGAUGGAGCUAUUCAUAUUUUUAACAGCCAUCCUGCAGAACUUUACUUUGAAAUCUGUUGUGGAUCAGAAGGACAUUGACAUUUCCCCAAUACCCAGCACCCUGGCAAAUAUGCCCCGACCUUAUGAGGUGUCUUUUAUUCCACGUUAGCCAAGUGAAGAGAGUUGCCAGCUCCCAAACUCAUGAAAGCUCUGGUUAAAUGACAGUCAUUUCCCAAUCUGUUGAGACUGAAACACUCAGACCAUUUGCUAGAUACUUUUUGGAGACAAACGUGCUUAGAAAAUAGAAUUCUGUGGCGCUUUUAUAAUCACCACAGCCAGUUCUAAACAGAGACAGAGUAAGCAAUUGCAUAGGGCAGGAAACAGCUCCCUGUGCAAAAUUAUACUCUGCACCUACGUCACCUAGCUCAGAUUUCUGUCUGGCUCCUGACAUCCUGACAUGUCUGAGAGCCCUGCUGCUGCUGUCCCUAUCACUUGAUCCUCUCAGCACAGGAUCAGACUCUUGUACGCCAGGGUUUCCACAGACUUUCUUUGAGGUACUUCUUUGUAUUUUCAGUUUGUUUGUGACCUAUUUGUAAAGGUAGGCAUGAAAUGGUAGGGGUUUUUUUGUGUUAGAAGAUGAUCACCUACUGUAUUCUUGCCCCAAUACAUAUUGUCUCUUGUGGUGGGGAUGGAGUUUGUCAAUGACUGAGCAGAUGGGUGUGAUUAUAAUGAUGGUUCGUGAAAUUACAAUUUAUAUUUCGAAAUAAAGAAGUAGUACACCAAA